AUGUCGCUCGCAGCUAUCGACGCCAUAUCGAGUGUCCGACGCGGUCCUGGCUUCCUCGACAUCACCCAAUCGAAGGGCACACAGACGCCCGGCGCCUCAGCCCCACCUCCCUCCGCCGAGCGGGUAUAUCCUCCGCCCGACCCGUCGAGGUACCCAUUCCUGCAGAGUCGCUUCUUCAAGCAGGUCAACGCCACUGGUCUUUACAACACCGUCGACACGCUCUCCAACGGCUACACGACGCGGGCUUACCAGUCGCCUAACGCUCGAGCGCCCGCUCUAUGGGUUCAGGACCAGUUCAAGGCUGUGUUUGGCUCUGGUAACGUGCGGCUCCUCGAGAAUCCCGAUUUCGAUCAGCCCAAUGUCAUCGCGAGGAUCCCUGGUACGAACAGCAAUGAGGUCGUGAUCCUCGGGGCGCAUCUCGACUCUACCGCCGGUAACACCAGCAGCGCCGGUCGUGCUCCUGGUGCAGACGAUGAUGCCUCCGGCAUCGCCGUCGUCCUGCAAGUCGCCCAGAUCCUCGCCAGAAACAACUACCGUGGCUCGCGCACCAUCGAGUUCCACGCGUACGCCGGCGAGGAGGGCGGCCUGAAGGGGUCGCAGACCGUCGCUAGCAAGUACGCCGCUGCCGGCGCCAAGGUCACCGCGAUGCUGCAGAUGGACAUGGUCGCGUACCAGAUGCAGACCAAGCCCGUGCUCACGCUGCUUACGGACACGGACCCGUCGCUGAUCGGGUGGACCUUCAAGCUGUUGGCGGCGUAUCUGGGAAACGACGAUAUCCGUAACAGUACUUGCGGUUAUGCCUGCACCGACCACUGGUCCUGGUACGAUCUCGGAUACCCGGCCGUGUCGAUCGAUGAGGCGGGGCCCAAUGACCCCACCCUCAACCCGUACUACCACAGCACAGGGGAUACCAUCGACAAGCUCAACUUCAACAAGACGUGCGAGUUCGUGAAGAUGGGACUUGCGUUCCUGGUCGAGCAAGCCGCCUGA